AUGGCCGCUGCAGAUGGAUACCCGCUUCUUUGUUUGGAGAACCCUCUCCUUGACAUCCAGGGCGUGGGUCGUCUAACGGAACCUUAUAGUGACGAAGCUCUGCUCAAAAAAUAUGGCCUUAAGGACAAUGAUGCCAUCCUCGCGGAGGAGAAGCAUAUGGGGCUCUACGAAGAACUCUUGCAAAACCACGAUGCGAAGCUGAUCGCUGGUGGCGCCGCUCAAAACACCGCUCGUGGUGCACAGUACAUUCUCCCUGAAAACUCCGUCGCCUACAUCGGCUGCGUCGGCCGCGAUAAAUAUGCUGACAUUCUCAAAGACGCCUGUGAAAAGGCCGGAGUGCACACUGAGUACCGUGUGGAUGAUGUCCAACCCACCGGAAAGUGUGGUGUGAUCAUCACUGGCCAUAACCGCAGCAUGGUCACGCAUCUUGCAGCGGCCAAUGAAUACAAGAUUGAUCAUCUGAAGCAGCCGCAUGUCUGGUCGCUGGUCGAGAAGGCCAGGGUUUACUACGUUGGUGGCUACCACCUUACUGUUUGCGUGCCUGCCAUUCUGGCUCUUGCGGAAGAAGCUGCCGCAAAGAACAAGAUUUUCAUGCUCUCCCUGUCUGCGCCAUUCAUUCCUCAAUUUUUCAAGGACCAACUCGACAGUGUGAUUCCGUACACGGACUAUCUCCUUGGAAACGAAACGGAAGCCAUCUCAUACUCCGAGAGCCAUGGCUGGGGUACGACUGAUAUUGUCGAGAUUGCUAAGAAGCUCGCCACACUUCCCAAGAAGAAUGCAAGCCGCCCUAGGGUUGCUAUCAUCACUCAAGGCACUCUGCCCACUGUUACUGCGGUGGCCAAGGAGAAUGGCGAAAUUGAGGUGAAGGAAUUCAAAGUUCGGGAAAUCCCCAAGGAUCGCAUCAAUGACACCAACGGAGCCGGAGACGCCUUUGCCGGUGGCCUGACCGCUGGUAUUGUCCAAGGAAAGUCCCUCGACGAGAGCAUUGACAUGGGCCAAUGGCUUGCAAGUCUUAGCAUUCAAGAACUGGGACCAUCAUACCCCUUCCCCAAGCAAACCUACACUGCCAGCAACUAG